UUGGAUCACAUUAUUUCUACUCCCUAACAUGAGCCCUGCAGCUUGGGGUGAGCGACAGCAGCCACACGCUGACUUUACCUGCUGUUAGUAAUGCCUGUAUCGUCAUCGGGACAUGUGCAUGGUAUUUUUUUUAUUUAUGGCUUGUGAGCUGCAGUCAUGUGUUAUUUUAUAAACUAAUUAUUGUGCAUGCAUUUAAGUGUCAGAUCAAGGACCGGCCGGAGCACACCUCCUAAGAGCAACAUUGAUCAUUGUGUGGAAAGUUAGUUUGGGAAGGUGGUGAUGAGAGAGGCUGCUGAACUGAUGCUUUUUACCUUAAUAUGCAAAACAUUAACCUACAUUUUUUUCUCUCAUCUUUGCAAAUUAAACGUGAAGGAGGAAUCUGGCCUCAUCCCUUCUGUUGUCCAGGAGAUUGAGAAGUUGCAUAAUGACCUGAGAAAAACUGUUCAGCCUACUGCUAAAAAAAAGCUGAAAAUGAAAUGGGAUGCCGAGGUUGCAGCCAAAGCUCAGGAAUGGGCCGACACCUGCUCCAUGGAACACAGCCCUCAGAGCAGCAGAAUGAUCGGCACUGUUAGCUGUGGAGAGAACCUGUUCAUGUCCAACUCUAAGGUCACCUGGAGAAAUGUCAUCCUGUUCUGGUAUCGUGAGGGGCCGAGCAGAAUACCAGGCCUUGUCAUUGGAAAAGCAGACGGAGACCUCAGCCAGCUUGUUUGGUAUAUGUCCACCAAGAUUGGCUGUGGCAUGUCCUACUGUCCCAACGCUGAAUACAAGUACUUCUAUGUCUGCCUGUAUUGGCAAAUCUAUCCCCUGUCCCUACUCUGAUCAGUACCCUACCUGCCUGAUCUGAAGCAGCAGGGGCUCUGCAGGAACAAGGAUGUGGCCUCUUGGUGUCUCGCCUCCUGCAAGUGCACCACAGAGAUCAUUUAAAUGCCUUGUGUCCACACUGUCUCUGAUUCAGUCAAUUUCAUUAAAGAUAACUCAUCAGCAAAUCUUGUUUUGCAUUGUGUGUCGCCUAAGACCACAACCCAAAACUGUCAUGUCU